AUGCCUGCCACUAGGACCUCAAGCAUCCCUCCACGCUCCAGACAUGCCCCUGUUCCGAGUACCCCAAAGAGCGUCCGCGAAGCCCCUUUCGACUCGGAAGUCAUUUCACUAGCCUCAUCCUCCGAUGCAGAGAACUCCAUAGUUCAACCUACACUACGAAGGCAAGGCAAACCCCGUCCAAUAGCACGCCCAAAGAAGAACACUGCUCCUGUUCCCGCCGAAGAGAUUAUUGAAAUCUCAGAUGACGAUUCGCCUGCGGAGGUCUCGACACAAGCCUCCGUCAUUGCGGAUUUCAAAAGACAGAUAAACAGGCUCAGAGAGGAAAGCAUGAAGCACAAACGAGAAUGUGAACGUGCUUCAAGAGAGCUCCGAGAGGUCAAAGACGAAAAUCGUCAGUUGCAUGCCUUGUAUAAGCCGGACAAAGGAAAAAUAACUCUGGUACGUAAACUCAAAACCUUCUUAUUAUAG